GGCUCUGAGUCAUUUCAGAUCCGGGGAUUCUGGUUUUUGAAAGCUCAGAGGUUGAACUUGAACUUCCAAGUAGCGAGAGGGAUAUAGGAGAAGGAAGAAAACACCACGCACAAGUAAAAGUUUCCCAAGGUCUGGUUGUUUGAUAAGCAAUUUAAAUUCUGAAGAAAUUGAAGAAUUUUGGUGGGUGUUCUUUGUUCUAUUCAUGCUCCAUAUAUGGUUUGAAUUUAGUGAAAUUAAUCCCAAUCUGUUUAGAUUUUGGUGGUUAUGGAGAAGAUCCAGAAGCUACUCUUCUCUUCUCAUAAUAUUCAAACUUUUAAAGAGGCGAUUUUGGAGUUAUGAGCCCUAAAAUAGUAGAUUUUGAAGGUUAACAUUCUGAAAUUGGGCUAAUUUGUACAAGAAAUCUUAGUUAGCUUUGUGAAUUAAUUUAAUGGAGACACUUGUUGUUGUUGCUCAUCAUCGAAAUCAUUACUACAGCAGAAGGAGAGCUCAUGGUCUUGCUAGAUUUGGGUCAUUUGAGUCUCCUCCUUCUAGAUACUUUAGAGAGAUCAGUUGCAGAACUUUUCAAUCCGGAGUUGGAAUACUCCCAAUUCCGUUAAAGGGUUAUACUAGUCCUUUAACCAAACAAGCAUGUUCUUUUUCAUCACCCAAAACAACUUCACCAUCUGUUAGUUCUCACUCCAAUGACGUUAGACGAUUGAAAAGAAGUGUUAGAAGUAGUGUUGUUCCAAUUCCUAUUAGCUUCAGAGAUGGUGAUAACAAGGAGGGGUCUUUGAGUGAUGAUUUUUCUUACUCUGAGCUUUGGGCUGGACCAGCAUAUUCUAACUCUCCCCCUCCAAGUUCUCUGCCCAUUCCCAAGUUUUCGGUUCGAUCGAAUAGGACUGCUUCAUUGGACUUGCCUUCUUCUGAAUUUGAUUCUAAUUUCCGCCCUAUUACCAAGUCUGCACCCCCUUCUCCUACAAGGGAACACGACCCUUCCCCUAUAAACUUAUUUCAGGGUGUUGACUCUGCGACUGAGGCUCUUCGUCGCAUUCUCAAUCUUGAUAUCUCUGAUGAAUGAAGUAUGAGGAGUGUUGGGCUUCUGUAAAUAAGCAAUCAGCUGUGCAUACUGGUUAGUGUUAGGUUGUAUAUAGAGUGAAUGAGCAUGUCUGUACUGCAACUCUUCAGAAGUUUGUUUAAUGGUUUGUGGUGGCAUAAGUGUAGUGAUGACUGGUUGGUCUGCAUUCUCUGGAUAUCGAGUUGGGAAUUGAUUUUGUGGGCAUUCCUCUCAAGGUUCAAUCUGGGUUUUGUGACAUGGAUAUUUGCAGUUUCAAAAUGUUUUGCGAGUAGGAGGAGGAAUUUAUGUAUGGUACUUUGCUAUUGACAUGAUUGGUUGCCUGGAGUACUUUAUGGGGGCUAAACAUUCGAUUAUGUACUUGUACAUGCUAGAUGGAAGUUGAAGUGAUUUUUUAUUUUAUUUAAAGUUAAAUUAGUCUCUGGCUUUGUACACUUUGCAUAUACUGCAUAAUCCCAACUUCAUUAGUCGCCCUUUCUUCUGUAGGUUUUUUUUUUUUUUUUUUUCCUUCUUCGGUUCUUGUUAUCAUAAUUUCUAGUCCCUUGAUCUUGAACCUGUUCUUCUAUGUUGCUGGUCCGAUACAGGUUAGUCAUUUUGUUACUCGUAGUUCAGUAUGGCCUGAGUUGGUUGCCUAGAUGAUCUUUCAAUCCCCCUCUCUUUUCCUUGGUCAAUUAGAGCUUUAAGAAGCUGCUUAUGAUCUCUUUCUCUUCAUUCUCGGCAUCUCUUAUAGCUACAACAUAUAUCUUUCACUUAAGACCUAGGCCAUUCUUCUCGGCUCUGCAAGGGCGAAGUGUACCUUCACCAAAUUUUCUGUUUUUAAGAGGAAAAGUGGGAAGGUGAAGUGAAAGUGAAAACGAUAGUAGUUCAUUGCUUCGGCUUUUUUAGUGAUUGAGGUUAAUCUGUGUCGCACUUUCUUGUUGUAAGCCCCAUUAGUUUUCUAUUACUAUGAGUACUUGUCAAAAAAAGUUCUCUAUUACUGUGAGUGGGCAGCGGCACUUUCUUCUCAGUCUUCGUACCAUGGAGGUUAUUGAUCAUACCAAGCUAUUCACCAGUGCUGAAAAGGGAGCCAGCGACAGAAGAAUUUUCAGGAGGCUGCUUUUGACCGAGAUGUGUUAUUGGUGGCCGCAGUGUCUGUGUUUCUUGUUUCCUUAGAAGCAAGUUAUAUAUAUAUAUAUAUAUGAAACUAUAUGCAGUUAGUGUUCUUGAUGGCCGCAGUGUCCGUGUUUUCUUGUUUCCUUAGAAGCGAGAUUUUUUUUUAAUGAAACUAUAUGCAGUUUGUGUUGUUGAUUUCUGCAGUGUCUGUGUCUUGUUUCCUUAGAAGCAAGGUUUUUUUUUUUUUUUUUUUUUAUGAAACUUUUUGCAGUUUGUGUUUUGUAUACAAAAAGUUCAUGAUGUCUUUGUGUGGCUGUUCUGUCUUGUAAAAACAGUCUCUUGAGCUGAUAUGUAUUUUGUGAUGAAGAUAUAGUUUAUCUAUACGUUUUGAAGUUAUAAAUUGAAGCCAAUUUACAAUC